AUGUUGAAAUGGCGCAGAUUUGUGAUCAAGGUGGUAAUAGAAGCGAUAAAUUUUCAAAGGUACUGUAAUUUCCUUCGUCAAUGGUGUUACGUUCAGAAUCUGUUCUUUCGCUAUGCAUGUGCUGUAGACUGUAUGAUUACAUCUGCCUAUUUCACAUAUCGACUUGGUAGACAUAAAAAACGUAUGGUUAUGUUUAAUGGCGAAUUUCUUCAAAUGGAUCCACUUCCCAUCCGAGGAGAUGAGCCAGGCGCUGAAGUUCUGUUCAACUCCAAGAGCGACUACGAUAAGUACAGGUCUUUGAUGCCGACGAAGAUCAGGCAAUGGACGAACAUGUGCGUGCCGUUCUGCGAACUGCAUGCCUCCUUCGAAGAGUACGCUCUUCUGAAGGCACUUACUAUUUGGCAUCUCAUGUUCUAUAAACUUUCCGAAGCUGGCCGUAAUGUAUGCCACCGUCAACGAGACUUAAUCAUGCUAGCUUUGCAUCAGGUCUGCAGCAAAAAAGCCCUAGAUCCCGAAGUACGAAUGGGCAGUUUGUUGCUGGCCAUGUCCUAUGUUUUGGAACAAGCACAGGCACUGGUCCACAAUUACAGAAUGAUCACGUUUUUUGACGUGAUGAAGUGUGACUCUGUAUUGGUGGAUAUGUUCAACUAUUGA